UUGUAUUAUCAGAUCCAUAGCUCUAAGCCGGAGAUGGCGUUAACGGUGACCCCAUGCGAGUCGACCAUCGCUUGGAAACUAUCAUAUUUGCCACAAAAAGGACCCAAAAAUAAAGAACGGAAACCCCGACUCCGGCGCCGAUAUAAGAGAAGACACAAUAAAUUUAUGGCCAAAAAUGUCUUAAAUAACGCCAAACCCUCGCUUUUAACCAACUAUACGGGGAACGGGAGGCACACGUACGCCGACGUAUCCACGGCCCCAGGCUUAUACAUAUUGGACUUCAACUCCAUGGGACGGGAUGUGAGCCUCAAAAUAUACGUCUCGGAGCACUACCCCUACCCUCUACUACCCAACUCGGCGGACAUACACGUGGACAGCAUCGGCGCCCACUCCGUCACCAUCUCAUGGCCGGCCAGCCCUUCCGAGACCAUCGCACCGGUCGACUACUGCGUCGCCAUCAGCACUGACCGCAAGUUUGCCGACAACUGUCUGAUGGACUCAUACCUCAAAGACGCCGAAGAGUCCUAUGAAUUGGAUUUACUGCCAUCGGAUGCCUCGACAUCAUUCACCUACUGGUGGGGCCGGACCGUCAAGAAUAUGCUCCGCCAGUCGCGACUGAAAUCCAUGGCCGACCAUAAAGUACGGGUCGAGUGUGUGGCCAAAAACCGGACUCAUCUGAUCCAUGGGUUAGACAAUCGCCGCAACACUCAGUACUUUGUGGACGUCUUCGCCAGAAAUACGGCCACAAACUCGACGUCUAUGUAUCGCACGGUUAACGUGACGCUCAUCAAUACGGAGCCCCUGGAUGUGGUGGACAGCCUACCACUCGCUGUCCAUUUAAAUCAAAGCAAUAAUUUUACGCAACGUUUGAAUUACAAGGUAUUGACGGACGGGUGGACAGCGCCGGCAAAGUUGUGGCUAUUUUUGCAGACCUGUUCCGGUGUGGGCACCGUUCGCAUGACUGCCAGCGCCGUUACCCUACCCGACCCCAACACCACACUCCCUGUCCAUACCUCUCGAGGUCAACACUUGAACCAAACGCUGUUUACGAGAAGUAUCUUCUCGUUGAAGACAAUGGAGAUUACAUUCAACGACCGAAAUGUGUAUCAAAACCAAAGUUUUAUAUCAUUUGAGUUGAGCUCGAGUUUAGGCACCGAUAGGUCGGCGGUGUUUAUGAUAAGCAAUCGACACAAUCGCUUCCCGUUCCCACUCCUACCCGAAGAUACCCGACUCAAAGUGAUGCAUACAUUAACGGACUGCCACUCCGUGACACUGGCCUGGAAUGCCAGCCCCGACGAUAAGGUCCAGUACUGUGUGUACGUACGUCCGGCACAUACUCAGCACAGCGCCGGUAGUAUCGCACCCAUGGAUAAUGUCUGCGCCGAUCAUCGCUUGACGGAAACCGAUGGUAGCGCUGAGAAUGAUAUCGAUGUCGAGGGCACCGGUAGUCUGCGAAAGGUGUUGUGUAAGAGAUAUCACAAGUCGUCGAAACGCAGGUUUAAUAAUAAGAUCAUUCAGUCGGUUAAGAGGCUGUCGUCGGGACAGACAUACGUUUUUCAAGUGUUGGUCACCAAAUACAAGGGACAGACACUGGCCUACGAGCAGGUGUGGGCCUCCACUAAACCCAAAUACCAGUGCCAUUAGAGUUCAUACAAAAGUUUUUUUAUAUAUCAUUAUCUCAUUGUAUAAAAUAUUUCUGCG